AGAGGACGGCGCUGAGAGAGAGAGUGAGAGAGAGAGAGAGAGAGAGAGAGAGCAUCCGCCUUCAUGAACAUACGCUCAGUGCGCAGAAACAGAGGCAGAGAGAAGUAGCGCGCGACAGCGCUCGUGCCCUCGUGCUGAAGGUGACAAGGAACGGAUUGCUCUAUUGGGAACAGAGAGAGAGAGAGAGAGAGAGAGAGUGUGUGUGUGUGUGUGAGAGAGAGAGAGAGAGAGAGAGCAGUAACGGCUCGGUGCGCGCAGCUUCACGCGACAGCUCUGAGUCCCUUUUCUGAAGGUGACGCGAUGCUCCGCGCCGUCAUGCUGCUCGUGUGUGUGUGCGCGGCGGUGAUCACCGGAGCGGCCGCCCGCCAAGACAACGGCAAUUUUCUAGACGACAAAUGGCUGACGGCUCGAUGGGACAAAUUCCGUGACGAGCCCGGAUCGUGGACCCCUGAGAAGCCGCUUGAUCAAGCUCUGGAUCCUGCCAAAGACCCCUGCUUAAAGGUUAAAUGUGGCCGACACAAGCAGUGCGUGGCCGACGACAACAAAACGCCGACCUGCGUUAGCCAGACGAGCUUAAAGAGCAUGACUUUCAAGCCUGUGAUGGGGAAGUGCAAGAGAUGUCCGCUGGUACGUCCUGCACCAGUCUGUGCGACAGACAGACACACUUAUCCUACCAAGUGUCAAAUGGAGUAUCAGGCAUGUAUCUCUGAAACACAGAUUGCAGUGAAGUGUUUGGGACAGUGUCCAUGUGCGUCAGAAAUAAACAAAUCUGUGGAGAGGAAAGAGUGCGGCGAUGCUGAACUGAACAAAGUGGCGAGCAGACUGAGAGACUGGAGCAGAGAUGUGCACGAAAUGAUAACGGACGUGACUAAGGCGCCCGUCUGUAAAGGCUCCCUGGGCUGGAUGUUCACCAGACUGGACAUGAACUUUGACCUUCACCUGGACCAGUCCGAACUGGUUGGCCUGGGUUCGGAGAAGGACGACGUAUGCACGAAGGCCUUCCUGAGGUCAUGUGACCUGGGCCGAGACCAGCUCAUCUCCAGCAAAGAGUGGUGCUCUUGCUUCCAGAGACACCAGGAGUCUCCCUGCCAGACAGAGAUUACUAACAUCCACAAACAGCAAGCUAGGAAGAAACUACUGGGUCAGCACGUCCCUUCCUGCGACGACGACGGCUUCUAUAAGCCUCACCAGUGCCACGGCAGCAGCGGAGAGUGCUGGUGUGUGGAUCGCUAUGGAAACGAGGUCGCCGGGUCACGCAGGAUGGGCCCGGCCGAAUGUGCAUUGGAGGGUUCUGGAGACUUUGGAAGUGGGGACUCGUUGCUCUCAGACGACGAGGACGACGAUGUCCUGAACGAUCAGGAGGACAUGGGAGACGACGAAGAAUACGAUGACGACGAUGACAGCUACUUGUCGUAAUCGGCGUUAUGGUUUUUUCUUGUUUUCUUUCUUUUCUUUUCUUUUUCUAAAAGAGGAAGGGGAAACCAAAAGCACGUUUUUAGGCGUCACUUGUAGAAAUGAAGUACUAAUAUUACUAAUGGCUUAGAUCAAGGUAUAUUUCCCUCUUGCUGUGUAACAUUUGUAUUAAAAAAAUUAAUAGAACUGAUUAAUACGACGCAUUUUAUUUUUGUUAUUUUGAUGUCGUUGAGCGUUUUUGAGAGUCAAUCUGCUAUAUCCCUUUGGGCAGGAAGCAGGAAUGAUCACACACACACACACACACACACACACACGCAGAGCUGAUGGCAUAUUUCUAAUAGAAUUUAUACUAGAUCCAUGUUUGUUGCUGUGUGUACUUGUUUUACCGUACCUUAUGAACAUCGUUGCACUCUUUCGGUUUUGAAUAACAAAUAUAGAAUAUGUAAGAUUAAUAAGGAGGAUACAGGAUUAGCGCAUUUCUACCUAAAAAGCAAAGCAGCUCUACUUUACCGAGUUAUCAUUAUCACACAUUUUUUCUUGGACAGUGUUAGCCUAAUUGCUAUCCACUGCAUCUAUAACACACACAGUGUAAUUACCACAGACAAAAAUAAAUUAACAAAAAGAAAAAAAAACUUGCUUAUUCAGAAUUGAGUGAACUCUAUCUGUGAACUAAAACACCUCUGGACAUGCU